GCGGAGCGCGCGCCGACACCGUCCCCGUCCGCUCCCCACACGCCCACGAUGAGCACCUCCUGGCUCUCCAUGAAGAAGGACGACCUCCGGGUCAACCCGAAAGCCACGAAGUUCCUGUCGUCGCUCGGCGACCAGCCGCUGCACCUCGUGAGCGUCUUCGGCGCCGCGCGCCAGGGCAAGUCGUUCCUCAUGAACGCGCUGAGCGGCAUGGACGGCGUCUUCAAGGUGUCGAACGCGCUCGAGCCGUGCACGCAGGGCAUCGACGUGUCGACGUCGACGCUGUCGCUCGAGAAGUUCCGCGCCGUCGGCGGCGGCGGCGCGCCCGCGGCGGGCGGCGGCCUCCUGAGCUGGCUGCCGGGCUGGGGCCCCGCGGCGCCGCCGGAGGCGGCGUCCGGGGGCGACGACCUCGUGGGCUUCUGCGACGCCGAGGGCCAGGGCGACCGCGACGUCCGCUACGACGCGCGCCUCGUCUGCCCCGCGCUCCUCGCGUCGCGCUGCGUCAUCUUCAACUGGAAGGACUCGCUCCAGAAGGACCGCAUCCUGAACCAGCUCGGCGUCAUGGUCCGCGCCGCCGAGGGCGUCGCGGACUCGGGCUCGGGCCCCGUCUUCGGCCACCUCCACGUCGUCUUCCGCGACUGGACGUUCGAGGACGACGACGCGGCCAAGGUCAAGGCGUCGAUCUUCGGCCUCGAGGCCGGCGGGAAGCGCGGCGCCGCGUCGCCGGAUGCCGUGCAGCGCGACGAGAUCCGCCGGGCGCUCGAGAAGGCCUUUGCGUCCGUCGACGUCCACCUCUUCCCGCCGCCCGUCGACAACAUCUCGCAGCUCGUCAAGAAGGGCGGCGUGCGCAGGGACGAGCUCGCGCCGGCCUUCGUGGACCGCCUCGAUGGAUUACGCUCCGCGAUCGUGCGCCAGCUGGCGUGCCGGUCGGACACGGCGCUCCUCCGCGCGGACGCGCCGGCGUCGGCGCGGCGCCUCGGCGCCGUCGUGCCCGAGCUCGCCGCGGCGCUCAACGCGGAUGACUGUGUGCUGCCGCGGAGCGCCUACGCGGCCAUCGUCGACGCGGAAGUUUCUGCGCUCGCGGAGUCGCUCGAGGCCGACGGCCUCGCGGCGGUGGACGCGUUCGAUGACGCGCCCUUCUUCGCCGGGAGCAGCCCGGACUUUGUCGGGCUCCGCGGCGCGCUCGACGCCAUCGUCGACGACGCCGUGCGCACGCUCGCGGCCAAGGUCGCGUCGGAGAAGGCGCUGUCGCCCGCGACGCGGGAGUCGCUCGCGCCCCGGCUCCGGGCCGCGCUCGGUCGCGCCGCGGACGCCGCCGCGGAGCGGUCGCGCUCCGCGCGGGCCGCGCGCGCGGAGGCGGCCGCGGCGGGCACGCGCGCCGACGCGCUCGAGGGCUUCCUCGCCGUCGCGGCGUCGGCCUUCGACGAGGUCCUCGGCGGCGCGCGCGCGGGCGCGUCCGACGCGGAGCUGCGCGUGGCGCUCGACGCGGAGCUCGGCGCGGCCGCGUCCGCGGCCAUGCGCGCCUACGUGCGCGCCGACGAGCGCGCGCGCCUCUUCGCGCGCGACGCCGCCGCGGCGCGGCGCGAGGCGGACCUGCGCCUCGACGCGCUCCGGGGCAAGUGCGACGCGGCCGUCGCGCGCGCGAACGCGGACGCGGACCGCCGCCUCGAGGCCCGCGCGGCGGAGCUGCGCCGCCUCGCGGCCGUCGAGGAGGCAAAGCGACGAGCCGCCGAGGAGCGGCGGGCCGAGGCCGAGGCCGCCGCGCGGGCCGAGGCCGAGGCCGCCGCGCGGGCCAAGGCCGCCGCGGACGCCAAGGCCCGGGCCGCCGCCGAGGCCAAGGCCAAGGCCGCCGCCGAGAAAAAGGCCGCCGAGGCCCGCGCCGCCGCGGACGCGAAAGCCGCCAAGGCCAAGGCCGCCGCCGAGGCCAAGGCCGCCAAGGCGCAGGCCGCCGCGGACGCGAAGGCCGCCGCGGACGCCGAGGCCGCCGCCAAGGCCGCCAAGCCCAAGGCGCCGGCGAAGCGCAAGAGCGUGAGCUCCUCGGCGAAGAAGUCGUCGAAGAAGCCCAAGAUGACCCGCGACGAGGCCCAGGCGGCCGCGCGUCAGGCCAUGGCCGAGCGCGCGGAGCAGCGCAUCAACGCGAACCGCGCCAACCCACCGGCCGUCGCCGCGACGGCCGGGCCGCCGAAGCAGAAGAAGAAGAAGCCGAGCAAGAUCGCCAUGGUGCGCAUGGGCUACGAGCAAUUGGUGUGCACCGUCGUGCGGCCGCCGCGCGUGUCCUACGGCGUCGAGGACCUGGGCAUGCCCUGCAAGCGCGUCAACGGUGCGUUCGUGGAGCGCGUGGACUUCGAGGUGGCCAACGACCGAGGGGAGACGCUGCGGUGCUCGCGGUGGGCGCCGAACCCGGCGACGCGGCGCCACAUCCUCUACCUGCACAGCAACUCGAGCUGCCGCCUCGCCGUCGUGCGGAGCCCGCUGCUCGCGACGGCGGCGUCCCUGGGCGCGACGCUCGUGGCCUUCGACUUCGCGGGCUGCGGCAUCAGCGACGGCGACGUCGUCACGCUCGGCAUCCACGAGCGCGCGGACGUCGCGAAGCUCAUCGCGACGAUCAAGGCGCGGGACCCGGCGGCCCAGAUCGUGCUCUGGGGCCGGUCCAUGGGCGCGGCGUCGGCGCUCCUGUACUGCGAGGCCUACGACGACCCCGCGGUGUCCGCGCUCGUCCUCGACAGCCCGUUCCUGUUCCUCAGCCUCAAGACGCUCGCGGACGACGUCGUCAAGCGCGUGGCCCCGAAGGCGCCGCGCUGCGGCGUGGCGUGCUUGCUGUGCUGCCUGAAGCGGAGCGUCAAGUCGCGCACGGGCGGCGUCGACGUCAUGAAGGUGUCCUGCGAGCCCGCGGCGAGGAAGGCGACGCGGCCCGCGCUCUUCGUGUCGGGCGUCCGCGACGUGCUCGCGCCGCCGAAGACGCACGGCGAGCCGCUGGAGCGGGCCUACGCGGCGCCGUCGAAGCUGCUCACCUUCGACGGCGAGCACAACUCGCCGCGGCCCCGGUGGAUCUACGAGGAGACGCGCGCGUUCCUGCUCGCGGCCUUCGCGCCGGACCUGGAGCCCCUGCGCCGCGCGCUCGAGGACGCCCCGGCGCCCGCGGGCGCCGACGCGCCCCUCGUCUGUAUCGUCUGCGCGGCGCUCAUCUUCUCCUCGAACAUGACCAGACCCUGCGACGACGGCGCGUCCUUCGAAGCGCCCUGGGACUUGGUGUACUGCCGGGCCAGGAAGACGGAGAUGGCGGCCUUGACGCGCUUGCGGCGCAUCUGCACGGCGCGGGCGCAGCGCACGGCGAGCUUCGGGAACUCGCGGACGGCGUGCUCCAUGUUCUCGAAGCCGAGCGCGAAGAGCUCGGAGUAG